GCCACUUCCGCCGGGAUGGCCGCACUGCGCAGGCGCCCCGGGUGGCUCCGAAGCGAAUUCUGCGCGGGGAAGCUCAGGAGGGAAAGACAAAAACAUCUUGGAUAGAGAAUACUUAAUCAUUUAACUAAAAAUGGUAUUUUUUACAUGUAAUGCAUGUGGUGAAUCAGUGAAGAAAAUACAAGUGGAAAAGCAUGUGGCUGUUUGCAGAAAAUGUGAAUGCCUUUCUUGCAUUGACUGUGGCAAAGAUUUCUGGGGUGAUGACUAUAAAAACCACGUGAAGUGCAUAAGUGAAGAUCAGAAGUAUGGUGGCAAAGGUUAUGAAGGUAAAGCCCACAAAGGCGAUAUCAAGCAGCAGGCAUGGAUCGAGAAAAUUAAUGUAUUAAUAAAAAGACCCAAUGUCAGCCCCAAAGUGAGAGAACUUUUAGAGCAAAUUAGUGGUUUUGACAAUGUCCCCAGGAAAAAGGCGAAAUUUCAAAAUUGGAUGAAGAACAGUUUGAAAGUUCAUAAUGAAUCUAUUCUGGAGCAGGUGUGGAAUAUCUUUUCUGAAGCUUCCAGCAGUGAGCCAGUCUGUCAAGGGAAUGGUCAACAGCCACUUGACCAUGUGGCCAACCCACCUCCUGCAGAAAUUCCUGCCACAGGCCUAUCUUCCAAAGCAAAUGACACCACAGAAGAGCAAGGGAAGGUGAAGAAGAACAAGAGAGAAAGGAAGGAAGAACGGCAGAAGAAUAGGAAAAAAGAAAAGAAACAACUAAAAUUAGAAAACCACCAAGAGAACAGGAAGAGUCAGAAGCCUAAAAAGCACACAGUAGGCCUGGAGGUGGAGCCUGAGGCUGGAACGGAGGACACCCCCAAGGCCACUGGCUCUGCAGGGAGGAGGGACCAGAGCAAGAGGAGCAAGGCGAAGCGGGGGCCGGCCAGCGCCUGCAGGGUGGCCCAGGAGGAGGGAGACACAACAACCCGCCCGAGGAAGAGAAGGCUUUUGGAAGAUGAAGCAGUUUCUAAGAAGAAAAAGAAAAAGUUACCAGGACGUUCUGAGGGUGGAGAACCGGAAAACCAUGAGGCUCCUCCAAAAGGUAAAUUCAACUGGAAGGGGACUAUUAAAGCAGUCCUGAAGCAGGCCCCGAAUAAUGAAAUGGCAAUCAAAAAGCUAAGGAAAAAGGUUUUAGCUCAGUAUUACACUGUGACAAGGAACCAUCACAAAUCUGAAGGGGAACUCCUGGUCAUCUUUAACAAGAAAAUCAGCAAGAACCCCACCUUUAAGUUACUAAAGGACAAAGUCAAGCUUUUGAAAUGAACAUUUUUGUAUUUAAAAAUCGGAUUCUUUCUGUUGAUAUCUUCCUUUGACUGCUGUUUGUAAAACAUGUAAUGAAUUAUAAUAACCCCAAACUUUGUUUUCAAAAGCUGUAUUUUUAAGUUAAGGAAAAUAUAUAUUUUUGGUAGAACUUUUAUGAGAAAAAUAAAACAUAUUCUUGUCCAAAAUUGCAAA